AUGGGCGUUAUGGGGAUGAUUGCUUCGUUUGCGCUUUGCAUUGCCUUGGGUACAGCAUACAGAUUCGACCCAGCCUAUACCGAGAUCAAUCUCAAUCAGAACCAGACUGCGGCCCACUCACUGGACUUCUGGGGAGAGUGGACUGGACACAACUAUACAGCUUCGCCAGAUAACUGGCGGUUCCCAUUCUACACCCUCUUCCUGGACAGAUUCGUCAAUGGCGACCCAUACAACGAUGACAUCAAUGGGACUGCUUUCGAGCGUGUCACGGAUUCCAAUCAGAUGCGCCAUGGUGGUGACCUCCAAGGACUCGUCGACACUCUGGACUAUAUCCAGGGCAUGGGCAUCAAGGGCCUGUACAUUGCUGGCUCUCCCUUCAUGAACCAGCCUUGGCAGUACGAUUCAUACUCGCCGGUCGAUCUAUCGCUUCUCGAUCCUCACUUCGGCUCGAUCGAUAUGUGGAGGGUUGCGAUUGACGAGAUCCAUGCCCGAGGCAUGUACGUGGUGCUUGAUAACACCUUUGCUACGUUGGGAGAUCUCAUCGGCUUCCAAGGAUAUCUCAACGAGACCACGCCGUUUCUGCUCAAAGAGCAUCAGGUUCUAUGGAAAUCUGGGCAACAGUACUGGGAUUUCGACAUUGGAAACGAGUACGAUGAGAGCUGCACAUACCCACGCUUCUGGAACGAGACUGGCUAUCCCAUAGAUCAGGCGCUCAAGGAUGAGAUGAAGGGUUGCUUCACGUCAGAUUUCGAUCAGUACGGUGACACCGAAGCCUUUGGCGUCUACCCUGAUUGGCGGCGUCAACUGUCCAAGUUCGCUAGCGUACAGGACCGCUUGAGGGAGUGGAAGCCCUCUGUCCGAGAAAAGCUAGAGAACUUCUAUUGCAUGGCCAUUGCACAGCUUGAUAUCGAUGGUUUUCGAUACGACAAGGCGGUUCAAGCUACAGUCGAUGCCAUGGCGGACAUGAGCGCGGCGACAAGAGUCUGUGCGAGGAGGUAUGGCAAGGAGAACUUUUUCUUGCCAGGCGAAAUUACUGGAGGCAACUCUUUCGGGUCCAUCUAUCUCGGUCGUGGUCGACAGCCAGAUCAGCUGCCGGACAAUAUAACCCAAGCAGUGACGCUGAACCGCAACAACUCGGACAACUACUCAAUUCGAGAUAAGGACGGCGUGGCGCUCGAUGGCGCGGCAUUUCACUACACUACCUACAGGUCACUUACAAGAUUCCUGGGCAUGGACGGAAAUCUUGAGGCAGGUUAUGACACGCCAAAAAACUGGGUUGAUCAAUGGAACACGUUCCUGCUCACCAACGACAUGGUCAACGCAAACACCGGUGUCUUCGACCCUCGCCAUAUGUUUGGUGUCACCAACCAAGACGUCUUUCGCUGGCCGGCAAUUGACAGAGGCAUAGAACGACAGCUUCUGGGUCACUUCAUAACUGUUCUUCUCAUGCCGGGGAUCCCAAAACUGCUCUGGGGCGAGGAACAAGUUUUCCAUACUCUUGACAGUACGAACGACAACUACAUCUUCGGGCGACAGCCUAUGUCGACGGCAACUGCCUGGCAGACUCACGGCUGCUACAGUCUCGACUCGACUCAGUAUUAUCACAUGCCAUGGGGCCCUGCGAGGCACAGUUGUAACGAUGAUAGCGUUAGCCAGGACCACAGAGAUCCCGCGGCUCCAGUACGGAACAUUCUUCGCCAUAUGUACCAACUGCGAGAAGCGUUCCCGGUGCUUCACGACGGAUUCUUCUUGCAGCAGCUCUCUAACCAGACAUGGGAGGUGCAAUACGCUGGCUCAAGUGGGGUGGCCACGGAGACUGGCCUCUGGAGUGUGAUGCGCAACAGUCUAGCAGACGUUCAGAACCUCACAAGCAUCCAUAACGGAUAUCCCAACCAGACUGAACCAGCGACCCCGGUUUGGCUGGUGUACACAAACCAUAAUUCAAGCCAGACUUACCAGUUUGACUGUCGAGACAAUGCCACGGACCUCAACUCGACGUCCUUGAUCGCGCCGUUUCCUCAUGGAACCACAGUGAAGAAUUUGCUGUACCCAUUCGACGAGCACAGGCUGGUAAAUAGCACCCAGUUUCUGGGCAUCUCAGGUUCAACAACUUCCAAUGGCUGCCUCAGCAAGCUCUCCAUGAAGGCCUAUGACUUCCGUGCCUACGUGCCAAUUAGCCGCUGGGUCGGACCCAAGCCGAUGAUUACGAAGUUCUCGCCAGGACAUGACGCUCGUCUCCUGACCGUCAACGCCGACUCCAACGGCACAGAGGAUGUUCAAGUGGCUGUGGAGUUCUCUGUUGACAUGGAAUGCGAUACCAUCACAGACAGCAUAAGCUUCAGCUCUACGACAGCAGCGGGACUGUACCCUUAUGUCGAUCGAGACACGGUCAGGUGUGAUCGAUUCAACAAUCCUGCAGACUCAUCGUCGUGGAUUGGUGGAACACCAUCGGGAUUUUCCUGGUCGGCAACGCUCAGGAACGUAUCGCAUGGUGUUCAUCGCAUGUCGCUCGAUCGACCUCACGCUAAGAAGCUGGGACCAGGACAGACACGCAAUGUCACAACCGAAGCGCUCGACCACUUCUUGUUCCGCGUUGGUCAAACGGACAACCCUAUGGUCUUCACAAGAUCCGCGAACUACUCCACCACGCUCCUCAGCAGAGCCUCGCAUGGUCAAAUCACCUUGAAUCAUUCCGCUGCUGGAGCAGAUCUCUUCAGAUACUCCACCGACUUUGGGGCUUCAUUCUCCGUCUGGGCGCCAUAUCAACACGGCUUACACCAGGUGUCAGCGUACCCGACUGGCAGUUCAGACAGGAAGACUUGGAACGGAGAGCAUGUCCGUGUUGAGUACUUCAGCCGUCUCGCUGGUUCCAGCAGUCACGUCCAGCAAGGCGAUCUCCACGCGAAAGCACGUCGUUUCCCUCACAUGUAUCUGAACGGGCCCUAUAAUGCUUACGGCUAUGAUGCCGGUCUCGACAAUAAAAUGAAGCUUACAGAAGACUACACGUGGGAAUUCACCUGGAACAGAGAAUGGUCCAACAACGGCACUAUCGCGCAGAUCAACGUCUGGGGUAUGGGUCCAGACGGGAAACCUGACAGCACAAAGGUCCUAGGAGAUAUCGAUGGCGACUCCGUACUCGAUCAACUGCCGCCAUCAUCGCUUGCUAAGCUCGUGCUCAACGUCACUGCACCACCUCCGAAGCCAUUUCUCGCCUGGAAAUUCAUCAUCAAUGAUGGCAACUUGCGCUUCCGGGUGGAGCCCACUGGCUCCAUGUGGUGGCAACUUGCCCUUUACGUGGUGCUAUGGAUCUCGCCUAUCAUCAUGGCUGUAGUGUCCACGUGGGUCUUUGUGGGUAGCUUUUACAAGAUCAAGUUCAACAAGUUUGGAGUGUCUGAGAAGCUGGGGCUUCUCGGUCUUCUUCCAAAGUCGUUGAGGAAGCUACUACGAGGGAACUCGGACGAAGCAAAUUCGGGUCUUCUGGCGAGACUCAAGCACGGGUCUCGAAUCUUCUCUCGGGGGUCACAGAUCUGGUCGCGCCGAGGCGAUGCUAUUCAAGCCCAGUCGGACUCUCGUCGGACUGUGUUGAUUGCGACUAUGGAGUAUGAUAUCGAAGACUGGCACAUCAAGAUCAAGAUCGGUGGUUUGGGUGUCAUGGCUCAAUUGAUGGGCAAGAACCUUGAGCACCAGGACUUGAUUUGGGUUGUCCCUUGUGUUGGCGGAAUUGAGUAUCCUCAAGACGAGCUGGCCAUGCCGAUGACGGUCGCCGUCAUGGGAAAGGUUUACGAUGUCAACGUCCAAUACCACAAGCUGCGUAAUAUCACCUACGUUCUGCUGGAUGCACCCAUAUUCCGACAACAAACCAAGGCAGAGCCAUAUCCAGCACGCAUGGACGACCUCGAUUCGGCAAUCUACUAUUCCGCAUGGAAUCAAUGCAUCGCCCAAGCGCUUGUUCGCUUCCCUAUCGAUCUCUACCACAUCAACGACUACCACGGGACAGUGGCACCGCUGUAUAUCCUGCCUCGCACAAUACCGGUAUGCCUGUCGCUUCACAACGCCGAGUUUCAGGGCCUUUGGCCAAUGCGUAACCGUAAAGAGCGAGAUGAGGUGUGCUCAGUCUUCAACUUGCCACCGGACAUCGUUUCUGAGUACGUCCAGUACGGAGAGAUCUUCAAUUUGCUGCAUGCUGGAGCGUCCUAUCUGCGAAUACAGCAAGAAGGUUUUGGCGCAGUCGGUGUAUCGAAGAAGUACGGUGCCCGAGCGUACACUAGAUAUCCUAUCUUCUGGGGCUUGAAAGAAGUACAGGCGCUGCAGAACCCAGAUCCAUCGGAUACUGCAGUCUGGGACAAGAAGCUGCCUGCUGAGACAGACAUCCGUAUUGAUGAGGAUUUCGAGAAGACGCGUCUCGAGGAACGAACGCAAGCUCAGGAAUGGGCUGGACUCGAGAAGAACCCCAACGCCGAGCUCUUCGUCUUCGUCGGCAGAUGGUCAAUGCAAAAGGGCAUUGACUUGAUUGCGGACGCAUUCCCAGCUAUCCUGGAGUCGCACCCGAACUCUCAAUUGAUCACUGUCGGUCCUGUGAUUGAUCUAUUUGGCAAGUUUGCCGCCUUGAAGUUCGAGAAGUUGAUGGAACUGUAUCCGAAUCGAGUGUGCUCGAAGCCAGUCUUUACUGCGUUGCCGCCCUUCAUCUUUUCAGGCGCAGAGUUUGCGCUAAUUCCAUCUCGUGACGAGCCAUUCGGCCUAGUCGCAGUGGAAUUCGGCAGGAAAGGCGCCUUGGGUGUUGGUGCCAGAGUCGGUGGACUGGGUCAAAUGCCAGGAUGGUGGUACACUGUCGAGAGCACUACCACGGCGCAUUUACUUCAUCAGUUCAAAGACGCUAUACGCGGCGCGCUCAGCUCAUCCACGAAGACCAGAGCCCUGAUGAGAGCUCGAUCGGCCAAGCAGCGCUUUCCGGUGCAGCAAUGGGUGGAGGAGCUCGAAGUAUUGCAGUCGACUGCCAUCCGCACACACGAUAAGGUCGCUGCCGAGAAGAACUCCUGGUCGAGCAGCAUUAUCACCCUAGUCCACCCUCACCCAAGCAUACAUCCUACUCUAGGGUCGGGCGCGAAGCAAACACCUCGUGGCUCCAUGUAUGGCCCUAGUCAUUAUUCUUGGGACGGCAGCCAGGUUCAGACUGUGGAGGAAAAUGAUGUUAUCGUUGGCGACAGAGAACCACUUCCACCAAUGGCCACUGAGAUUGUUCGCGAACUCAGACACAAAUCCCAUCCCUUCCCAGGUCUGCGUGGGGAUCAUGAGGAAGAGGAGGAGGAGGGAGAUGACCGAUCCAUUUGCUCGAUACAUACGCCGGCACGCUCAUCUUCGCCAGUCCAGCCAGCAUCGCCGAUAACGACGAAGUCACCACACAAUAGCACCAACCGGUCCAGCAUGACCAACGUUCAGACAGCCAGAUCCAGCAUGGCUCACCCAUACGCAUCCACUGCGCGAACCAGUGUCAUCCCACGUUCAGUGUCUGGCCUCUCCAUGCAGAACAUCGUCGGCGAGAAGACAGACUUCAACCUGCAAAACGUGGAUCCCUUCUUCACAGACAACAAUGGCCACUUCUAUCGUGCCUUCAGCAAGAAGCUCGACACCCUCAACGCUGCCAACUCUGAAUCAACAAACUGCAUUGAAGAAUUCCUAGCCAAGUCUGAGAAGGAAUGGUUCACCGAGUUCCGAAACGCAAAGCUCGGUAUGCUCAAACGUGACGGCACAACGACACGUCCAGUCAGCAUCGCACCAUCAGAACCUGCAACGGCAGACUCCUCGUCCGAGAAGUCGCACAUUCAGGUCAAUGAGUUCAUGCUAAGAGACGAGUACAAGCCGCCGACCGGCUUGCGCAAGUGGAUGCAAGUCCGCAUUGGAUCCUGGCCUCUCUAUGCUUACUUCAUGGCUCUGGGCCAAAUCAUCGCGGCCAAUAGCUACCAGAUCACACUCCUGACUGGAGAGGUCGGUCAGACGGCGACAAAGCUCUACAUUGUCGCUUCGAUUUAUCUCGUGGCUUCGAUGCUGUGGUGGCUAUGCUUUAGACGCUUCGCAUCCUAUGUCUCGCUCUCACUGCCGUUCCUGUUCUAUGGUACGGCGUUCUUCCUGGUUGGCAUAGCCCACUUUGCCCCGACUGUGGAUGGGAGAGGAUGGGUCCAAAACGUCGGCACUGGAUUCUAUACCCUGGCCUCGGCCUCUGGAGCUCUCUUCUUCGCUCUCAACUUCGGAGAUGAAGGCGGCGCCCCAGUCAAGUCCUGGGUCUUCCGCGCUUGCGUCAUCCAAGGCUCGCAGCAAAUCUACGUCGUUGCUCUCUGGUACUGGGGUUCCUUUCUAGCAAAGCAUCGAGCACUCGGCUACGAAGCCAGCCAGGACUCCGUCGUUGGGACUUGGAAAGUCACAGCCAUUACUCUCCCUAUCGCAGCUUUCCUUUGGAUCAUCUGCCUGGUCAUGUGGCUCGGCUUACCAUCCUACUACCGCCAAGCUCCCGGGAAGAUGCCCAGCUUCUACAGAUCGAUUGCGAGGAGAAAGGUUGUGCUCUGGUUCUUUGUCACGGCUCUGGUUCAGAACUUCUUCCUCUCCGCACCCUAUGGUCGCAACUGGUCUUUCCUCUUCAGCAGUAUUCACGUACCAGCUUGGCAAGUCUUGCUGCUUGUGGUGCUGUUCUUCGUCAUUGUGUGGGCGAUGUUCUGUGGGCUGUUCGCAUACCUCUCGAGAUCGCACUCGUGGAUUCUACCCCUGUUUGCAAUUGGACUUGGUGCUCCUCGUUGGGCACAGAUCUGGUGGGGAACGAGUAAUAUCGGAAACUGGCUACCUUGGGCUCCUGGAAGCAUUGAGACCGGUGCGAUCUACAUCUCGAGCGCUCUGCUGUCGAGAUCUCUCUGGCUAUGGCUAGGUGUCCUCGACGCCGUCCAGGGAGUUGGCUUAGGGAUGAUUAUGCUGGGAACACUAACUCGCACUCACGUUGCCUUCGCGAUCACCGCAACUCAGGUCCUUGGUUCGGUGGCCACAAUGCUAGGCCGUGCUGUCGCGCCCAAUAGACUUGGACCUGGACCUAUCUCACCAGAUAUCAGUGGCGGCUUGAGUACCGGCCUUGGGCAGGCAUGGUUUUGGGCAGGACUUUUGGCGAAUUUGGCGCUUUGUAUUGGGUUUUACAAGUUCUACCGCAAGGAACAGUUGCAGAAGCCGUAG